AUGAGAUACAAAAUCUUAGACAUUCGUGGGAAAGCGUGGAAGAGGCAAAAAAGUUUCUUCUUCGUUGGAGCAAAGCAUUACUUAAAAAAAAAACGAUCGCGCACAAUGACGGCUGAAGAAAGCUUCAAAAUGAAUAUCUUCUACAAAGUGUUGGAUAGUCUUUUGGUAAAGCUUUCAGAAAGAUAUAAAGUCAUUGAUACGGUUGCAAGCCGUUUUGAUGUAAUCAAUCCCCCCACUGACCCGAGAACAGAAGUUAUCCAGGAACAAGCACAAUGCAUUGCAAAUAGUUAUCCUAAUGAUAUUGUCAAGGAUGACCUUGAGGAAGAGCUUCGCCAUUUCGUCAAAUUUUCUCAACUUUUGGGAACAUCCACGAAAAGAAAUCGAGCUUUAAGCAUCGUGAACCACAUUUAUGAUAGGAAGCUUGAAUGCUUGUAUCCUCAGAUGAGUGUUGGCUUGGAUAAAUCCACGCCAGUAUGA